AUGUCUCCGAUUGCCGCGCAACGUCCGACCGUGUUAGAUAGGGACCGCGCUCUGUCUGAUCAAGAUGUCGGCCUUCUUUAUCAGAUUAUUACUCGCGCUGAGCAGAACCCUGAUGUCGACCGUCUACCCUACCGAGCGCUCUUUGCAGCGUACGAUGAAGUUCUCGCCGAACAUGGCGGAUCGGAGGCAGACCCGGACCAGAUCUGUAUGCACUUUCUCUUCAAAAUGGGCACCGGAGGCCUUGCGAAUCAAUCCUUGUUCGAUAGAUUUGAAAAUAUUUUACAACGCAUGGGGAUUGUCCUUUCGUUCGAUGACUCGGCAUCUGAAGAGAUCGGUCGAUACACGCUUCCCCCAAUACAAGAAAUUGAACAAGAACCACAGUUCACCGACCGGAUCGGUGAAGACACAACUCAAAGAUCUCAGCGCAAGAGAAGAGCUUCAUUUAAUUCAAUGUACGAUGUCAAUGAUGAUGCAACGCAACGAUAUGGAAAUCGGCCAAGCUCCAGGUCCUCGAUGUCUCGACUCGAUCCCGGGAAGCCGGACUUCAUGGAGACCGAUGACGAACCUCGAAAUAGACGAGUUCAGCAAGGUCCAGCUACUAUGCUUGACAAAAAUCAGCUGCUGGCCCAGUUUUUGGAAAUGGGACGUCGGUUGAUGGGUGGUCUAGAUCCGACGAGGGGAGAACAACAAAUACCUAACAAUGACCCACCUGUUCAGACAGCUGCGGAUGGACAUUUGAGCUCAUCUCCGCGGCCAGCUUCUCGCAGCGAUUCAGACAGCCUGCGACAGAUGGACGGCAACCAGUCCUCUCAAAAUGACAGAAAUCUUUACCCGGAGGAUAUGGUGGUAUUCGAUGAUAUGAAUCCUAAACCUAGUCUGUCUGACAUGUUGCGAGAUGCAUCGAGCUUCUCAACGUAUCGGAAAAGAGUUACUGCGAGGAACAUUAUCUCAUAUUGGCUGCAUCAAGCCACUCGCUCGCAGCAGAGAAAUCGGGAGAUGGAGGCUCUGGCUAUUAAUCAAGAUCGAUUAGCACUUCUCCGACAAGCCCUUGACUUGUGGCGAGCAGAACUCGAAAGGAAACGACAAAACUCUCGUACAAAGCGAUUUUUUCGACAUCUCGAAAAACGUGCUGCCAAGGCAAGGGACCUAUAUCUCAUGACUAAAGCAUUCAGUCAUUGGGCGCAGCUCACAUCCGACGAACUAUCAAAAGCAUCGACAGCACGAGGACAUAUCUUGAGUAUCAAGUAUUUCAAUGCCUGGCGUGAGAUAACGGCCGUCAAUGGAAUGAAGGCACAACGCUUUGCCGUUCAAAAGCCACUCGAUGGCUGGAGAAGAAGAAUCCAGCAAAUCCGGGAGUUAAAUGAGCAUGCCAUCGUUACUCACGAACAUAAUAUGAAACGAAGGUUUUUCAUGUUGAUGCGUUCGAAUUUCUAUUUUGAGCAUCGAGCUCCAGAAUGGAGUGACUUUCGUCUAAUUAAAGGGUCUUUUCUUGCAUGGAUUCGUGCCUUAAGGACACAACGAGAACGCGAGGCGGAUCUAGAUCUAUCAAACCGUCAGGAACUUCUACACGCAGCACUGAAGACAUGGUCCUAUCGACUUAGAUCGGUAAACGCUGCUCAUAUUGACGCCGAAACGAGUCAUAGGAAUAAAUUAUUGGGAGAGCAAGUGGAGGUAUGGAAUGCACAGACUCGGCUGCAACCAGCAGCUAUUCAGACCGCCACAAGAAUAGAUACGAGAGUACUCAAGACUACCCUUACGCAAUGGCGUCUACGGAAUAACAACAUACAACAAGCAAAAGAAGCUGACAGAUUGAGGGUAUUAAGUAAUGCUUGGACAAGUUGGAAUGAUCAUUUACGCUGUUAUGCGCUGAAAGAGCGCAUUGGUGAACGACUAAAGAAAGAAGCCAUCUACCGAUGGGUUUUGGCAGAAAGAUAUCGCCUUGCACAGCGAAUAAGAGACCAGCGCAUACAACGGGAGGCUUUUGCUCAGUUCAUUUUUACUGUUCGGGAUACGUCUAAAGAGUUGCUGCAGCGCGAAGAGCAAUAUACUCGCCACUAUAACGAGGAUCUAGCACGAUCUGCUCUCGAAUGUUGGAGAAAUAAACUUGCAGUUCAACGUCAACGAGAAUAUGCCGCCAUGGAAUUCUACGUUCCUCGAAUCGAGCAAGAGGCGAUCACGAUUUGGGGCUCUAAAUACCAACAUCUUCAGAAUCUAGACAAGUGGUCGAGGGAUGCUCGAUUUUAUUUUGUUACCACCAAGUUUGUUAAGCUUUGGCAUAAUGCCACAUUGGAUGCGUCGAAGAAACGCCGUCAAGAUGCUUACGUGAAGAUUCGGAGGAAGGUCAAGAUGAACAUUGCAGCGAGUGCCUUGCGUGUAUGGUAUGACAAGUCACGGCGAAUGACGAAUCUCCACAAGCAAGCCAAUGAACUUCAUCAGACAAAGCUGAUUAUAUACUCCGCUGAGCUUAUCGGUCGUUGGAGCGACAAGACCGCGAAGGCCAUUCAGGAUACCCAGGAUGCCGAGGUCUAUUAUCACAGACAACUUGCCUAUCACCAAUUAACUCGAUGGAUGGAUGAAUACGAAACAUAUCGCGGCAUGGAAGAACAAGCCGACGGUAUGAAUCUGAUACAUGUCUCUGGCGUCGCUUCCGCAUCGUUGCGCAAGCUCAGUCUUCGUAUCUUUCAGAUUCGCAGCGCAGCUGAGAUGGCGGAGUCAAUGCAUGACCGUGUAUCGAGAAAGCAUCACAGGAAUAUGCUUCGACAUUGGAGCGCCAAGCUCAGAGCACGGCGCAUCGAACAAGAGGCGUACGAAUCGAUUGGCAUUGACAUAGCGACACAUGAACCAAAUACACCGGGCACAGCCACGAUACCUGAAUCGGCAGAUGAGACAUUGAACAUGAGUGAGCUAGGUUCUUUACCCAACUUUCGCUUAGCAUCAACAACGCCAACUGCGACUCCUGGGUAUCUAGCAUCUCCCUCCAGACGCGCCGCUCGAGCUCGCAUGCUCGCUCAGAUGUCAACCACUCCAGCGACUCCAUUGUUCACACCUUUUGCAAGUCGUCUUCGUGCAGCGCUGGAUGGAGACAGAUAUGACUCGGAGAAUAAGACUCGAAGUCGGCGCGGUUCCAUGGCAACAAUGAUCCUUCUUUCCAUGCGUGCGGUACUUCCAGGGCGGCCUGAGUCGAAGCUUCGAGCUCUCAGCACCGCGCUCUGGGAUGGCCUACGGAUUGUUGCAUACAUUUCCGGCCAUGCCCUCGUUAUCCUGACAGGAGCGCAGACGCUCCUACAAACCAUCUACGUCGACGACUCGGAAUCUCUCGAGACAAUUGCUAUUGACGAGUCCAGUGGUCAGAUUGCUGUCAGUAGCGGACCAGAUUUAUACAUAUACCGGCCGAAUGGUUUCAAGGGCGAAUCGCUGAAGUGGUCACUCUCCGUUACCUUUCGCGCAAAAGACGACGAUGAGAAGGUCAAUACAUUAUCGUGGGGCUCCUCGGAGGAAUUGCUCGUGGCCAAUUCGUGCCUUUCCGUGUGGUUUCUGAAUGACGAACCCCGGCUCAUGUGGAAAAAGAAACUUGCGAGCCCUACAAAAUUCGCCGAAUUCUCACCCGACGCCGAGCUAGUAGCUACGACUGGGAAAUAUGAUCGACUCGUCAAAUUGUGGAGGAGGCUCUCGUUUGGUGCCGACGACGUCCGGUUCGAGGUAUUCUACCUCCCUCAUCCAGCGACAGUAACUGGAAUACAUUGGAGGAAGCCCAGACAUCGCGAGCAAUCGAUGGAGAACGCCCUCUACACGUUAUGCGUGGAUAACAAGAUCCGGAUUUGGACGGUUUCUGAUCACCAGGACCUAUCAGCGAUGCAUCUGUGGACUGAGAUAGAUAUGAACGCGUCUAUUCAACCGCGGGAUAAUUCACAGCACUUCUCAAGCCGUAGGUACGGUUUCAUUAUCGACAGCCGGGACUUUGCUGCAGCGACUGAGCGUGCAGUACAACGGAAUACUGAAAAGAAUAAUCUGGCCUUGGAGCACCUGGUUGACGUAGCAACCAAAAAUCCAGAAAUCUGCGCUGUAAUCGAUGACCAGGGUCACAUGUGUGCGUGGGCUCUAGAGAAUGUCGGGGGUAAAACAAAGUCAUCAACAGAUGUAUUCAACAUACUACAUAUUGAAGGAGUGCAAUUCUCAUUUCCGAAGGGAGUUUCUCUGGACGAGGACUAUGCACAAUUCUAUGCAUUCGGCGCCUCUACUGCCAUGGAUUCGUUAUCAUUAUUGGUACACUACUUUGAUGGAAGGAUAGAAUGGUUUGAUUCUCAAAUUGAUAUUCUCUUCGAUCCGACACCACGGAAACAUCGGUUGAAAUCCCAAGGUAUAUGGUCUGGGCAUACCGAGCCGAUCAAGAAGAUUGUUCGAAAUGCAAGCGGGCGUGUUCUUGUAUCACGGACAGAUGACAAUAAUGCGAUGAUCUGGCGCCAGAAAAUGAGUGGCUCUCAAUCCAUUUUAGCUACUCAAAGCUCGCUUUCGUCAGAAGAACACAUACAUCGGACUUGCGUCAUUGAGGAGGGUUCUUUCCUAGUGAAUCUCCAUCACAAGGGUCUCUCUCUGUGGAAUAUACGGGCCUCUCCUGCCGUGAAAAUAAGCUCUUGCGAGUUUACAUCCGCUAGCAAGCCGCUCUGCGUCUUGACUGUGCCGAAUCCCGAGCCAUUCGAUCGUACUGUAUACGUUGUAAUGAUAAGUGCAGAUAUGAAGGGCAUCGCAUGGGAGCUUGAAUUGCCCAGCAAGCAGUGCCCCAACGCCACGAUUUCUUUACGACAGUAUUGUACUUUUGACAUGGGACUAGAUACCGAAGUGUCCUACAUCCUGGCAGUCGACCCAGCGGGUCAAAUGGCACGACAUUCUGGCUUUCUAGAUCUUUUCGCGGCGGAUAUAGCACUCUCAUACACCGAAAAGGGAACCAUCCAUACAUGGGCAGCAAAGGUGGACAAGACAAACCGGACAUUAGACUGGCUUUUGACUUCUACUGUUGAGACUGGCAUCCAGACUCCGUCACUGGCAAGUGGAAGUGCCAUUCGCAAAGCCGCUCUAGUGGAUCAAGAACGGACACACCUCACAAUCUGGGAUACAAGUGGUGCUCAAUUAGAGUUCGAAGAGCGCUUCCCUGACCACGAUAUGAUUCGCGACCUUGAUUGGACAUCUACACCAGAUCAGCAAUCCAUACUAGCUGUUGGCUUUUCUCAUAAAGUCGUCCUCUUAUCACAACUCAGAUAUGAUUACUUGGAUGCUGGUCCAUCAUGGACUGCGGUCCGCGAAAUCCGUAUUCGAGACUUGACUCCACAUCCCAUUGGAGACUCCUGCUGGUCUGGUAGUGGAAAUCUCGUUGUGGGAGCUGGCAAUCAGCUAUUUGUUUACGACCCCGCGGUUGAGGUCGAUAGUCACCUGGUCUCCAAGUUGCGAAUCCCAGCUCGAGGGGGCUCAAAUGUGAAUUUAUUUGAGAUUGUCAGCCGACUGAACGGUCCGCUUCCUGUCUACCAUCCUCAGUUCCUCGCCCAAUGUAUUCUAUCAGGCAAGAUCAAUCUUGUCCAUCUCAUUCUCAUGAACCUUCAUAAGAAACUGAAAUUUUACACGGAGGGCGAUGAGAUUGACACAUUGCUCGGAAUACCGGUCGAAGAAUUCUACCGAGAUGAUGAUGAAUUACGGAAUUCUGCAUGGAAAGAAAUGCAAGCUUCUCAAGAUUAUAUAGAAGACGAGCCUCGUGUCCUGGAUGAAACAGUGGCUGUACUUCUCAACGAGAAUUUGACUCGAUUCAGUUUACCACAACUCUCUAGUCAGGAGCAGUUCCGUCUCGUAGACACAAUAGAGUGUGUCGCAAUGGUGGAGAAGCACCGGAGAUCCAUGGAUGCCAAUGCUGCUCGAUAUCUACUAUUCUUCCGCCAACAUAUGCUACGGAGAAGUCAGGGUGUCGCUCACAAGAAUACAGUAUCGUGGCGAGAAAUAGUGUGGGCUUUUCACAGUGAAAGUCAAGACAUCCUUACGGACCUUGUUUCUCGUCAAUUUGGUGGUAAACUUCUGUGGAAAGCCGCGAGAGAAAGUGGUAUCUUCAUGUGGUUGUCAGAUAUUACAGCUGUGAGGGCUCAGCUUGAAAUUGUUGCUCGCAAUGAAUAUACAAAAACGGAUGAGAGGAAUCCGGUCGACUGUACGCUAUACUAUCUAGCUUUACGAAAAAAAAACGUUCUGCAAGGUCUGUGGCGUAUGGCAACCUGGAAUCGUGAACAAGUAGCCACAACACGCCUAUUGGCGAACAACUUCCAGGAAGCGAGAUGGAGGACGGCAGCAUUGAAGAAUGCGUAUGCUCUGCUAGGGAAACGGCGAUUUGAGUACUCUGCUGCCUUCUUUCUUUUAGCAGACCACCUACGUGAAGCCGCAAAUGUCUGCAUCAAUCAGAUCGGGGACAUUCAACUAGCAAUAGCUAUUACGCGAGCUUAUGAGGGUGAUGAUGGUCCGGUCUUGAAGGAGAUUAUGGAGGAAACGGUCCUCGCAGAAGCUGCAACAGAGGGUAACCGCUGGAUGGCAUCUUGGGCUUUCUGGAUGCUGAGUCGUCGGAGCUCAGCGGUUCGCGCUCUAAUCUCUCCUGUCGAUACUCUCAUCCCACCUACACCUGCAUCACCUGGUAGUCCAGGUAUGAUCCCACUACAGGCACGAUCAUAUCUCUCAAACGACCCUGCACUGGUUGUUUUAUAUAGACAAAUACGUGAAAAAUCCCUCCAAACUAUCAGAGGAGCCACCCAAGUCGCACCAGCCGAUGAAUGGGCCUUCGUUAUUCGAAAUGCACGUCUCUAUGACCGCAUGGGCUGUGAUCUCCUGGCACUCGACCUUGUAGCCCACUGGGAGUUCUUACGAACGCCCCCUCGGCGCGUACCAACCACCGAUUUUACGCCCAAAGCCGAACCGGAUUAUCGCAAACUGCUGCGAAGACAUAGUAGCCUUGUGAUUGCUGAUAUGCCAGUCCGACUUCCGCCAGAGAUGGCUCCUCGUGGCAAUGAGAGUACAGAUAAACCUGCUAAACCCCAAGCUAAGCCAACCACGUUCCAGGAACCGGAUGCCAAUUCACUCUUAGAUAGUUUUGGUUUCUGA